CAUAAACUGUACGAUUGUUGACCAAAGAAGGGCGGCCAUGCAGCCACUGGCCCGGUUUGUCCCAAGGCUCUUCUUUGAUUCAAUUACUUCAUCUCCGGUCUCACGAUCUCUACGAAUCCCUAACCGACGCUCGGCGAGAGCAUCAACCUGUCUAGGAUGCAGGAUCCGCAUCCAGACACGGCACUUCGCCGACUCACCCAAACCGCCUCCUCCCUCGAAUACUUCCUCUGUCCGGUCUGCGGAGACUCCAUCCUCGAAUUCUCAGAAAGCACCUGAGCCCUCCAUCCCAGAUGAAGUCACGCAGGACCUGCCCCUCCCCUCUGCAGAGGAGGGGCGUCGACUCGCAGUCACCAAACGCUUCUCCUCCCUCAUGGACCACCUGCAAGGCAACAUCUUCAUAGCCUCCCAACGCAUCAACGAUCUAACUGGCUACUCCGGCAUUGAAGCCCUAAAAGCGCGCAUCAAUGUGCUCGAAUCGCGCGUCCAAGCCGCUCAAGAAGCCGUUCGUUCCUCUCGACUCACAUACAAAACGACCGUUGCAGAUAGGGCUUCUACGCAAAGAGAAGUCACGACGCUGCUAGCGAGGAAGGAUAGCUGGACGCCGGGUGAUUUGGAGAGGUUUACGGCGCUGUAUAGGAUGGAUCAUAGUAAUGAGCAGGCGGUGCAGGAAGCUGCGACGAGACUUGCGGAUGCGGAGAGGGAGGCGGAACAUGCGGCGAGUAAGCUGAGUAGUAGUAUUUUGAGCAGGUAUCAUGAGGAGCAGAUUUGGAGUGAUAAGAUCAGGAGGAUGAGUACGUGGGGGACCUGGGGACUGAUGGGGGUCAAUGUGUUGUUGUUUUUGGUGUUUCAGUUUGGAUUUGAGCCGUGGAGGAGGAGGCGGUUGGUGCAUGGGUUUGAAGAGAAGGUUAGGGAGGCUUUGGAGAAGGAGAAGGUGGCUUCGAAGGGGGCGGAAGAGGACCAGAGGGAUGUUGAGGAUGUCCUACUGGAUGGGGUGAUUACGGCUGGCAUUCAGGAAUUGGAGGUCGAGAUGGAGGGCGGGACAGGGAGUGCGGAGCCAGCUGUUGAGGCGGUUGUAGCCUGUAUAAAGGGGGAAGGAGAAGGAGAAGGACAACUGGCUGAAGCUGCUUCGCUGGAUACAGCCGAGAUGCACAUACCCACCGAGCUCAUGAAGCUCAGGAGACCAGAGACUUGGAUGGCAGCAGUCCAAGAUCUGUUCAGUGACAAAGUCAUGGAACUGCGGAAAAAAGACGUCACGAUUAUUGCGUUAGAGGGAGCUGCUACGGGAGCAGCGAUAGUCACCAUCAUCGCCACUCUGGUAAUUCGCCAUUUUUAGGCGAGAGCGUAUAUACAGUAGACUUGUAGAACAAUGAGAAUACCCAAUUGACUAGACUCUUCAGUAAGCGCCUAAUCUCUG